GUCACUCUGAAUCUUUUCGGCGAUUGGGAGCUCUCGGUCUGCUUUUUAUUUGUACCGUAUCCAUGUAACCAACCGCAUACACUUUACAGGCCAUGCGAUUGUAGGAAACACACGAUCAGUCAUGUCCUUGUAUAGGAUUGGAAUACCUCGAACGCUGGGGAGGCUAUCUUCCCCAGCCUUUGUGUGCCGUCAAUGCCUCCACACGCAACCGCUCAAGGCAUCGCAGGUCGCCCGACAGGUCAUACGAUCCCCUGCGCUCUCGCGCAACCAGACCUCGACCUCGACUAGCACAGGAAACAACGCAAGGACAAAAUGGCUGGUCGGGGGAAGCAGGACCUUUUUCAGGUCAGGGACCAAGUCAUCUUCCGGAUCUACAGCCACGGCCGUUGAGGCCGCCACGGCCGAAGCCUCUUCGGAAGCGGGUGCAGGAGCACGGUCUAGCUCGUUCCCUGAGACGAACUCCAAGGCUGUAGGAUACUGGCUCAUAGGCAGUGCUGUCAGCGUCUUUGGCAUUGUCAUCUUUGGUGGCUUGACGCGCCUGACAGAGUCUGGAUUGAGCAUAACCGAAUGGCGGCCCGUCACCGGGUCUCUACCUCCUCGCAAUGCCGAAGAUUGGGAAUCAGAGUUCUCCAAGUACCGCGCCUCUCCCGAGUUCGCCUUGCUCAACCCGCACAUGACGCUCGACGAGUUCAAGAAGAUCUACUACAUGGAGUGGACGCACCGUCUCUGGGGCCGCUUCAUCGGUCUCACAUUUGUGCUGCCGACUGUAUACUUCAUCGCCCGGAAGCAGGUUACCCGCAAGAUGGCCUUCAAUUUGGUCGGCAUCAGCGCUCUUAUUGGUUUCCAGGGAUUCAUCGGUUGGUGGAUGGUCAAGUCGGGUCUGAAAGACGACCUGUUUGCCCCUGGUUCCCACCCCCGCGUCUCACAGUACCGCUUGACUACACACCUUGGGACUGCUUUCCUCUGCUAUUCGGCCAUGCUGCUCUCCGGGCUUUCGGUCCUCCGCACGCGCCGCCUAGUGGCAGACCCGACAGCUGCCACCAAGCUUUUCUCCCAACUCAAGAACGCCGCCAUCACCCCCUUCCGCCGCUACGUCUUGGCAAUGACCGCGUUGGUCUUCACCACCGCCAUGUCGGGGGCUUUGGUAGCUGGCCUGGAUGCGGGGCUUAUUUACAACGAGUUCCCCAAGAUGGGCGUCGGCCUGACCCCGCCGAUGACUGAGCUGUUUGACAAGUUCUACUCGAGGAAGGAGGACGGAUCCGAUCUCUGGUGGCGCAACAUGCUCGAGAACCCGAGCUUGGUGCAGCUGGACCACCGUGCCCUCGCCAUGACCACCUUCUGCGCCGUCGUCGCCAUGUUCGUCUGGUCGCGCCGCCUCGGUGCGGUGCUGCCCACCUCGGCCAGGAAGGGGAGCAUGGGAGUGCUGCACCUGGCCCUCAUUCAGGUGGCGCUCGGCAUCACCACGCUCAUCUACAUGGUCCCUACCCACCUUGCCGCCACCCACCAGGCUGGCGCGCUGGCCCUGCUUACGGGGUCACUGGUGCUGUCGCACCGACUUCACGUGUCCAAGUCGACUGUCUCGCUCAUCCAGCGGCAGCUGCUCAAGUCGGCCGGCUCCGGUGGCGCAGCGCGACUGCCGACUAAGCGGAUCUAGACGAAACCUCAACUACAACAUUCGCCUUGUUUAACUGGGCAUUGUCGACCGGGAUCCUUCACAACAACGUCGGCCCACUCCCUUCAGUGUAUUAUUAUUAGAUUCCUUGCUUCCUUUGAGAAGCCUUGCCGACAAGUAAAAACGACAUGUACCCUUAACAGAGACUUGAUCAGCAAUGGAGGUGUGCAAGAUCUACAUUGUGACUAUAUAUAAAUAUACCCGAUUAGAUUAACGCCAUCUUUUGUUAUUGUUUUACUUGUUUAUUUGUGCUAUUGACGUACUUUUGGUGUUUCU